AUGAGAUUAAACUGGAAUACAAAGAUAGUUGGACGAAGCCUAGUUCUUGUUCCUUAUCAAAGAUCGCAUGUUCUUAAAUACCAUCAAUGGAUGAAAUCUGAAGAACUUCAGGAGCUGACAGGUUCUGAACCUUUAUCCUUGGAAGAUGAAUAUGAGAUGCAAACCUCUUGGAAGGAAGACAAGGAUAAAUGUACUUUCAUUAUUCUAGACAAGUGUAAGCUGGAGUCUGGUUUGAGCGAAGAGGAUUGUAUGAUCGGAGAUACAAACCUAUUCCUAUCCCAAGAUGUUGGGUGUGCAGAGGCCGAGAUAAUGAUUGCUGAUGAGGGUUCGAGGGGUAAAGGAUUUGGACGUCAAGCAAUCACACUGAUGUUGAGAUAUGGCAUUGAAUAUUUGAAUCUGGAAGAAUUGAGCGCUAAAAUUAAGUUUGGAAACCUAGCCAGUGAGAAUCUGUUUAAGAGCCUGGGUUUCCAGGAGGUGUCUAGGAGUGAAGUGUUCCAGGAAACCACAUUCCUACUCCGGGUAUCCCAGGAUACAAGGACACUUGUUCAAGCUAUAGACUGUACUCUACAGGACUUUAUUAAUCCUGAAGAAUAG